UUUUGGAUUAGAAAAAUGGGGAACUCUUCGUCAGGGAAGUAUAUUAUGCAGGACAAGCUUACAUAUGAUGAGCUCUCUAAUAAGGUGUAUAAUGCAUUUAUAAGACAUGUUAGAAAUGAAGCAGACUACUAUGUAGACGCAGUCAGGAGACAAGAUUUUAUUGACAAACAGUAUAGGAACAACCCGAAAGAAAGAUAUCAUAGAAACUCUACUCUCAGAGUGAACUUCGUUGGGCAGAGAUCCAACUACUUAAUUAACUCAUUGAGGAAAUAAAACUAUCCCAGACUUAAGAGCAGUUCAUCUAGAAAACUUGCUUCUAAACUUCCCAAAGUUUGCUCUUUUCGUUAAUAACAAUCUUCCUGAGACAGUUGACGAGUUACAUAUUGAUGGAAGCAAGAUAAGACUUGAAAAGAAACAUUAUCGAUACUUUUUAUUGUUAGCACAAACUGUGAAGCAAUCUCUCACUUUGAAGAAUUUUAUUUUAACAAUCCAAGAGCUUGAAUACUUGCUUAAGGAAUUCGACCAUCUCGAGAGCAUCUAUUUUUACAACUGAAGCAUUAUUGAAUCAGAUCGCCCUCUCAGUUUUCAAGGAGACUUCAGAAAUCUCAAGAAUCUCCAUAUGGAAGAUAUUGGCUUGAAGAGAUUAGAUAUUCAGACCAUAAUUGACUCCUUGAUCCAAAAGAACCUUCUGGGUCAAAUUAAGUAUCUAAAUUUAUUCCAUUAUGGAUUUGAGCCAGUCUUGCUCAAGCUCAAUCAGAAGAUAUCUUCCCAUGGGUUUAAAGGGAACUUCAAAACUGAAAGCUUGCUGACUAAGCUGUGGAAAUUCAUUAAGAGAGUAAUCAGUUUCCUUCCUGUUUUGGGAAGAUAUAUACUAGCUAUUGUUGCUCAUCCUAUAUUUGUAUUCAUACAUUUCUUUUGGAGAAGAAGAGGCCAAGGUGGAGAUUAAGUCUAAAAUUAA